UCAAAAGACAGCUGCGGUGCAGAGGAGAGGCCAGUCCAUCACUGUAUAUUUACACUUCAUGCAGAAUAGCUCUCUGCACUGGUUCCUGCACACUAACUAAGUCAUUCGGGGACUACCUAGGUUAGUCAAGACAAAAGGAACUAAGAAAACCCAAACAUUUUCAUGACAAAGCAGACUGAUAGGAGAUGUGUGCUGCCAUGUAUGUCCUGUCAACGGUAACGGGCUAUGUGCUCACCUCUGCCCUGCUGCUGAAAUGCCCAAAUCUUUUGCACCGGAGGAAGCGAGAGGCUUUCCGCAGCAGACACAUUUCCCACCGUGGAGGUGCAGGCGAAAAUCUGGAAAACACCAUGGCAGCUUUCAAGCACGCUGUGGAUCUCGGCACAGACAUGCUGGAGUUGGACUGCCACCUGACGAAAGAUGAAGAGGUUGUGGUUUCACAUGAUGCCAACUUGAAGAGGGCCACUGGAAUGAAUGCUCAAGUCUCCGACAUGGUCUAUGCUGAGCUACCACCAUACCUCUGCAAGCUGGGGGUAACUUUUCAGAGGGAGUGUUUCUGCGAAGGAGGAGAGGACAAACGCAUCCCUCUCCUCAGAGACGUUUUUGAUGCCUUUCCUAAUACCCCUGUCAACAUUGACAUCAAGGUCAACAAUGACACGCUCAUCAAGAAGGUCUCCGAGCUGGUAGUGAAGUACAACAGAGAGCAUCUGACUGUGUGGGGUAACGCCAGCAACCAGAUUGUCAAGAAGUGUUAUAAAGAGAACCCACAAAUUCCAGUGUUGUUCAGCUUACCCAGAGUAUUGCAGUUGUUGGGCCUCUUCUACACCGGCCUUCUGCCCUUUGUUCCCCUCAAGGAGCAGUUCCUUGAGAUCCCCAUGCCCUCCAUUAUCACCAAACUCAAGGAUCCUAACAGAUUAACUAGGAGUCAGCGAUUCAUCACCUGGCUGGCAGACACUUUGCUUAUGAGGAAAACUCUUUUUGAGCAUCUUACUGCCAGGGGAAUACAGGUGUACAUAUGGGUGCUGAAUGAUGAGGAGGACUUCCAGAGGGCAUUUGACUUGGGAGCCACGGGAGUUAUGACAGAUUUUCCCACCAGGCUUAAAGACUUCAUGGACAGGAAUGGCAUUUCUAAGCUCCAGUGACCUGCCAAAAUCUACCUCAACCCCCACCACCACCACCACCAGUGAUUAUCCUUCAACCUGACUGACCUGCCAAAUCAGCCCCCAAUAACACCCACCCACUUUUACUGAACGCAUUCCAGCAGGGCUACUACUUUCACACUGUGUUUUACAGGCAAUAAGGAUCUCCUUUAUGUUCUGCAUCCUGCACUGGUUUCAGGAACGAGUUGUUGUCUUGGUAACACACACUUUUGCACUUUCAGUCACAUAGAAUAACACUGAAAGGACCCAUGCUGUACCUGCUAUAUGUUGUUAUCUUCUUUGAGUUGUGGUCUUUUCAGAUGCUUUAUUGCCUCGUGGCACACCUACACAUCAGUGUGAGAUUAGUAUUACACAGCUAUUUGAUCUUUUAAAGUAUAGCUAUAAAAUGGGACAAAAUGGCCAUUGAAAUGUGCUCUUCAGAAAUCUUAUCAGUCUUGAAGUUCAUAAUAGAUUCAUGGCUUCCGGCUUGAAAAAAAUUCUUUACUCUUUACUACUUACUGCCUUCAAAUACAUGACAAUUUGCAGUAUUGCUGCAUCGUGUAGUGUGCGAGUAAGAACACCAGCAGAUGCAGCUUGAUAUUCAUAUGUAAUGUUAAUUUACCAGCUGCUUUAUAAUGUUUUGUGGUCCGUUUAUUUAUUUAUUUUUGAACAAUCUGACUGUCACUAAGCACAUGCACUAAUACACAAAUUUAAGCAGUUGAGACAUUUUUAUAUGUCAGACGCAAACAAAAAAAAACUGUCAUAAAUAACAGGAUACAGACACAAGUCCUCAGCUCCACUGAGUUUGAGUACUGAGGUCAGAAGUGCUACUGCUCAAUAUUUACAAUAAGUUAAAGCACAGGCAAAUUCAAUUCAACUGUUGAUUGUUCUGUAUAAACCACUGUUUCAUGUUGUUUUCAAAGACAAUGCAUUGCUACAUAGUUGUAUGUUUAUGUGUAGUUGUUUAGUCUCUAGACUUUUCUCUGAAUCAAAUGGAAUUACUGAGGUAUUAUUUGUCCAUUAAUUAAUCGGAGAGAGAAAUUUUGCACAAUAUAAGGAACUUCAUCUUGCUUAUUUUAGUAAGUCGUACCUUUUUCACCUGUGUUAAUGUGAUCGUCAACAGCAUUCAACUUCAUAUUUAAGAAAAUAUGAACACUAAAAAUGUAUGGGCUUUGAAGUGUACUGGCAACAAAGUAGAUGCACUGAUAAAUGUUGAUUGAUUGCUGUAUUUCAGUGAUUUGAAAUUUAAAUCUAUUUAAGAUGGUGAUUAACUAGCAAUACCUCACUGUGGGUUUCAAAGUUUGAAUGUGUAAAGAUUAUUAGGAUUAUCAUACCACUGAUAUUCUGUUUCAAACUUGUGACCACACAGUGAGGGUCAGUAUUGAAUGUAGUAUUGGUUGAAUGUACUGUAUAUUGUUUGGUAUUUUGCAGUCAAAGUUCAGUUUGUUGUUUGUCAUUUUGUCCAAGUGAAAUAUGCACCGGGAUGAAUCUGAUGUCUGAUAUUUUACUUUGUUUUGGAAUCACCUGUACAUCCAACAUCAUCAUUCUUUGGGAGAAAGGCUUGUGAUCUACCAAUCAUGUUACAGAUUUUACAUUAAUGACUUUACUUUAGAAUAUUUUGAUUACAUAACCUGUGCAGUUCUGAGUGUACAUUUGUUUUGCAUGCUCAAAUGAAUAUCUGAUACCCUGUUUGAAUAUGUUCUGAGUUUGACAGAAUCAGUUUGUGGGACCUGGCUGCUUGGACCUCUCAAAAUGACUUUACCCACAUGGUGUUUGACAAGAAGUGAUUGAACAAGUGCAUUUUUUUUUUAUCAAUAUCAAUAAAAAAAAAUUAAAAUAAAGUUAAAUAAGUGG